AAACCCGCAGGCUACAUGACAGUCGACGGGCAGGUUGGACCAAGAAACAUCUGACGGCCAGUUCAUAAAUCCGACAGACAAAAGGCAGUCCAGAGAAAUGUCUUUUAUUUUUGACUGGAUCUACAGGAGCUUCAGCAGUGUCUUGCAACUAUUAGGGUUGUACAAGAAGAGUGGCAAGCUGGUGUUCCUUGGACUAGACAAUGCUGGAAAAACCACACUCCUGCACAUGCUCAGAGACGACAGGCUCGGACAACACGUGCCGACGCUACAUCCGACAUCUGAGGAGCUGACCAUAGCUGGGAUGACCUUUACAACGUUUGACCUUGGAGGUCAUACACAAGCGCGAAGGAUCUGGAAGAACUACCUCCCAGCCAUAAACGGUAUAGUCUACAUGGUGGACUGUGCAGACCAUGAGCGGCUAGCAGAGGCUAAAGUUGAACUGGAUGCCCUGUUGACGGAUGAAACCGUCUCCAACGUCCCGGUUCUCAUCCUGGGGAAUAAGAUAGACCGGCCAGAGGCCAUAAGUGAGGAUGGGCUCAGAGGAACGUUUGGCCUUCAUGGACACACAACUGGAAAGGGCAAAGUGUCUCUGAAGGAGCUGAAUUUGAGACCAAUGGAGGUUUACAUGUGUAGUGUGCUGAAGAGACAAGGCUAUGGAGACGGUUUCCGCUGGCUAUCACAGUAUAUUGACUGAUUAAUGUUCUAUUAACAACCUUAUUUACCGUACUACCUGCACACAGAAAGACAUGUUCCACAAAGAAAACUACCUGACAUAGAUAUAUUUACUUAACUACACCAUAUUUAGGACUUUGACUGUGCAAUUAGGAAAGGUGUUACGAGUGUUUUGUGUUAAUAUACCUGGUAUUCUUCACGAGUUCAAUCAUACCACAGCAGGUCAGAGUUAAGUUAUGAAUCAUCCGUCUGUAUUGUUCAGAUUAUGUGUGGAGAAUAAUCUUCAUGGUGUGGUUUCUUCCUUUACGUAAAACCUGUAGAGAAUUCUGUUCGCCAUAUAGAACAUGUCAUUGCUGUGAACCAGUUUCUGACCCAGGUUUAUUUAUAGCUGCUGGUGUAGACUUACAGUGAAGGUCAAUUUGGUUAACAUUUUGUGUCUGAGGUUACUCUUCCUUGAUUGAGAGUGUAUAUUAUAAUUAUAUCUUUAUAUUUAGCCUACUUCUUUUAAACUAAUGGGAAUCUUCAAGAACUAUACCAUUUUUCAUCCACAGACACGAUAGUUUUUCUGAAAACUGCUGCAGAGAUUUGGUGCCAUAUUUGUUCAUUAGAAAAGUUUUACUAGCCUAGUUUUCAGUAGCCUGCUACCUCCAACGAUACUGACAGUUCUACAGAUUUCAUGUUUUUUCUAUUCAUUGAAGGGUUUACAACUGCAGGCCAAUUAUAUGACUGUGACCACAAGUGCAUUAACUGACAUUUUGCUGCAUGACCUUUUUGAUAGCACAGAACAGUGUCUAAUAAUUGCAGUAAAUGUUAACUGCAUCAGCACAGCCAGGUGAUGUGACAACGUUGGAGGCCAAACUACUGGUUUUCAUGAUUGCUGUGAAACAACUUGAGUACUUUGUGAUUAGUAGCUGCUCUAAACAAGCAGUGAUAUGAGAGUACCUGAGUGGUGCUUUAAAAGUAGGCCAUGCAAAAAAUAUGCAUGAAAUGACCUCUUAGUGCAAUAUUAUACACUAUUUUGUAUAUAAGCUCUUAUUUAUAUUUUGCAAUAAAAAUGUGGCUUGCCUAAUGUUACAUCGAGCCUUGACCUCUAAGGUAAUGCAUCUGUUACAAAAGGCAGGUCAUAUUGUUAUUUAACGUGUGAAGUUUGAGCCUAAUAAAUAUUUUUGACAAUCCUAUAAA